AAGCAGAAGCAGGAGCUGUACCAGCGACAACCACACAAACCCUCGAUAAAAAUUGACCUCACAGACACUUCACUAAUGUGUGAUUGUGCACUUGUUAAACAGCUGCUACGAUUAAGUUACGGAUACCUUUACGAUCCCGACUAUUCGUUACCGACCGAUCCGAAGUCGAUUAAAUACGGUUAUUAUCCUCUCUUGGAGUUCAUUGUUCAUCCAGAAAACAUCCGUUGCAGAUCGGAUUAUGUUUAUAAUGUUUAUAAUAACAGUCACAACAACAAAGAUACUAACAACAACAACAACAACAACAAUGAUAAUAAUAAUAAUAAUGAUGUAAAUAAAUAUUAUAUUUAUAAUUACACCAAAAAUCUUUCCCAAAAAUUAGUAAAAUUUUCUAAACGUCUGCCAAAAAUGCCGACUGAAAAUGAAAUGAAUCUUAUCGAAUAUUUAAAGAGCUCUGACUGCUUGAAAAACUUUUGCUUCCCGAGACAAUGCAUCUGCCAUUGGAUCGGUAUUCGACUCGACUCGAUAAAUUGUUCCAGCAGAUCCCUGAAAAAACUCCCCAACCCUGAAUUACUCCAGCCCAACACUGCGGAAUACAACCUGUACAUCCCUAAAGACAUCAUCCCCGAUAGCGUAGCGAUAAUACCGAACAUACUAAAAACCGUCAUCACCCUAGACAUAUCGAAAAACUCCAUAGACAACUUAGAUCGAUUUUCUAGCGCUGUAUUGCACUUCAAAAACUUGAAAACAAUCCACAUAAACGAUAAUAAAUUGGCGAGUUUACCGGUAUCGCUGUCCGAAUUGACGAGAUUAAGAGCGAUUACAUUGAGAAAUAAUCCGAUUUGCUGUCACUGUAGCGGCGCUCAAAGCAGGGAUGUGCCAUAUACCGAACGAUUACUUAGCCGGUUUUUAGGAUUAGUAUCGGAUAUACACCAA